CCGCCGGCACGUUGGACUGCCGUUAGCUGUCGCGCCGGUCACUGCAGUCCCUGUCGCCUCCGGAGUUGGGGAGUGAGCGGGAUGAGAAGCUACGGCGGCUGAGGAGUCACCGCGACCGACCCUCCGCUGUCCUCGGGCCCCUUCGGCCCCCGCGCGCUCGGCGAGCAGCCGGGGCUCGCCGCGCCCGCCGCGUCCCGAGUCACACAGAAAUAAUGUUGAUAUUUGGACCCCAUGUCGAACUUCUAUGAAGAAAGGGCAACGAUGAUUGCAGCCAGGGAUUUGCAGGACUUUGUUCCUUUUGGCCGAGACCACUGCAAGCACCAUCCUAGUGCUUUGAACCUUCAGCUUCGCCAGCUGCAGCCAGCCUCCGAGCUAUGGUCCUCUGAUGGUGCCGCCGGCCUGGUGGGGUCCCUUCAGGAGGUCACCAUUCACGAAAAACACAAGGAAAGCUGGCAGUUAAGGAAAGGUGUAAGUGAAAUUGGAGAAGAAGUGGACUAUGACGAGGAACUCUAUGUGGCUGGGAAUAUGGUGAUCUGGAGCAAAGGAAGCAAAAGCCAGGCACUGGCUGUUUACAAAGCGUUUACCGUUGACAGUCCUGUGCAACAGGCCUUAUGGUGUGACUUCAUUAUAUCACAGGAUAAGUCUGAAAAGGCAUACAGUAGUGAUGAAGUGGAAAAAUGCAUAUGCAUAUUGCAAAGCUCCUGUAUUAACAUGCAUAGCAUAGAAGGAAAAGAUUACAUAGCUUCUUUACCUUUUCAGGUUGCAAAUGUUUGGCCCACCAAAUAUGGACUGUUGUUUGAACGGAGCAGUUCUUCCCAUGAGAUGCCUCCAGUUCCACCCAGAAAACCUUUACCUACACUGUUCAGCAUGCUGCAUCCCCUAGAUGAAAUAACACCUCUUGUUUGUAAAUCUGGAAGUCUUUUUGGUUCUUCAAGAGUGCAAUAUGUUGUCGAUCAUGCAAUGAAAAUUGUUUCCCUCAAUACUGACCCGUCCAUUGUCAUGACCUAUGACACGGUUCAAGGUUUGCAUUCUGUAUGGGCUCUCCGGAGAGUCAAACCAGAGGAAGAGAAUGUUGUUUUAAAGUUCUCCGAACAGGGGGGAACCCCCCAGAAUGUGGCCACUAGCAGCUCCCUCACGGCUCACCUCAGAAGCCUCUCCAAAGGAGAUUCUCCUGUGACUUCGCCCUUCCAGAAUUACUCCAUUCACAGCCAGAGCCGCUCUGCCUCAUCCCCCAGCCUGCACUCACGUUCACCUUCCAUUUCCAACAUGGCAGCGCUAAGCCGUGCGCAUUCUCCGGCCUUGGGAGUGCACUCCUUUUCCGGGGUGCAGAGGUUCAGCCUUUCCAGUCAUAAUCAGUCUCCGAAAAGACACAGUGUUUCUCAUUCUCCAAGCUGUACUUCGAACGACUCCUUUCUUGCACCAGAAACAGAGCCAAUCGUUCCAGAACUUUGCAUUGACCAUUUGUGGACAGAAGCGAUUACUAGUACAAGGGAGAAAAAUUCACAAGCCUCAAAAGUUUUCAUUACAUCUGACCUAUGCGGGCAAAAGUUCUUGUGCUUUUUAGUAGAAUCUCAGCUCCAGUUACGCUGUGUGAAAUUUCAAGAGAGUAAUGAUAAAACCCAGCUUAUCUUUGGCUCCGUCACCAACAUACAGGCCAAGGAUGCAGCACCUGUAGAGAAGAUAGACACCAUGCUGGUCCUAGAAGGCAGUGGAAACCUGGUGCUGUACACAGGAGUGGUUCGGGUGGGAAAGGUUUUUAUUCCAGGUCUGCCAACUCCAUCCUUGACAAUGUCCAGUGCGAUGCCUCGGCCCAGUACUCCCCUUGACAGUGCUAGCACUCCUAAGCCUCUUAGUAAACUACUUGGAUCCCUAGAUGAGGUGGUCCUGUUGUCCCCAGUUCAAGAACUCAGGGAUUCUUCGAAACUUCAUGAUUCUCUUUAUAACGAGGAUUGUACUUUCCAACAGCUUGGUACAUACAUUCAUUCUAUAAGAGACCCUGUUCAUAACAGAGUAACGCUAGAACUGAGUAAUGGCUCCAUGGUUCGGAUCACUAUUCCUGAAAUUGCCACCUCUGAAUUAGUGCAAACAUGUUUGCAAGCAAUUACAUUUAUCCUGCCGAAAGAAAUUGCUGUUCAGAUGCUUGUCAAGUGGUACAAUGUUCACAGCGCCCCAGGAGGACCCAGUUACCACUCAGAAUGGAAUUUAUUUGUGACUUGUCUCAUGAACCUGAUGGGUUAUAACACAGACCGCUUAGCAUGGACCAGGAAUUUUGACUUUGAAGGAUCACUUUCCCCAGUCAUCGCACCCAAAAAAGCGAGGCCCUCUGAGACUGGAUCUGAUGACGAUUGGGAAUAUUUACUAAACUCAGACUACCACCAGAAUGUUGAAUCUCAUCUUUUGACCAAAUCUCUGUGUUUGAGUCCAUUGGAAGUUCCACAGACAAAGGAUGAGGAUUUUUCCCAGAACAUAAGUCUUGAUUCGUCUACGCUUCUCUUCCUACACAUACCUGCCAUUUUUUUUGUUCUUCAUCUGGUCUAUGAGGAACUUAAGUUGAAUACCUUAAUGGGAGAAGGAAUUCGCUCACUUGUUGACCUUCUUGUUCAGUUGGCAAGGGACUUAAAAUUGGGACCUUAUAUAGAUCACUACUAUAGAGACUAUCCAACGUUGGUCAGAGCUGCUGGACAGGUGUGUACAAUUGAUGAAGGUCAAACGGGAUUUAUGCAUCAUCCAUCGUUUUUUACUUCUGAGCCCCCGAGUGUAUACCAGUGGGUGAGUUCUUGUCUGAGGGGCGAAGGAAUGCCACCCUACCCCUACCUCCCUGGAAUCUGUGAAAGAAGCAAACUUGUAGUCUUGAGUAUGGCACUGUACAUACUUGGUGAUGAGAGCUCUGUUGCUGAUGAAGCUUCCCAGUAUUUAUCCAGAAUAACUACAGCUCCCCCAAAGCUGCAAACAGAGCAAGAGGAAAGCAGACUUAACUUCAAGCAUUCUACAUCAGUUUCUAGCCUGGCUGAAAAAUUAGUUGUUUGGAUGACCAAUGUAGGAUUCACUUUAAGAGAUUUGGAGACCCUUCCCUUUGGAAUUGCACUUCCCAUCAGAGAUGCAAUUUAUCACUGCCGUGAGCAUCCUGCCUCAGACUGGCCAGAAGCUGUCUGUCUCUUGAUUGGGCGUCAGGAUCUUUCCAAGCAGGCCUGCGAAGGAAACUUACCCAAAGGGAAAUCUUCUAUUACUCAGGUGCUCUCAUCAGAUGUUCCUUCAGCAACAGAAACUGAGGAGGAAGAUGAUGGGAUGAAUGACAUGAACCAGGAGGUUAUGUCAUUAAUAUGGAGUGAAGAUUUAAGGGUGCAGGACGUGAGAAGACUUCUUCAAAGUGCACAUCCUGUCCGUGUCAACGUCGUGCAGUACCCAGAGCUCAGUGACCACGAGUUCAUUGAAGAAAAGGAAAACAGAUUGCUCCAGUUGUGUCAGAGAACGAUGGCCCUCCCAGUAGGAAGAGGAAUGUUUACCUUGUUUUCAUACCAUCCUGUUCCAACAGAGCCAUUGCCGAUUCCUAAAUUGAAUCUGACUGGGCGAGCCCCUCCUCGGAAUACAACAGUGGACCUAAACAGUGGCAACAUCGAUGUGCCUCCCAAUAUGACAAGCUGGGCCAGCUUCCACAAUGGUGUGGCUGCCGGCCUGAAGAUAGCCCCUGCCUCCCAGAUCGACUCAGCCUGGAUCGUUUACAAUAAGCCCAAGCAUGCUGAGCUAGCCAAUGAGUAUGCGGGCUUUCUCAUGGCCCUCGGUCUGAAUGGGCACCUCACCAAGCUGGCCACUCUCAACAUACAUGACUACCUGACCAAGGGCCAUGAAAUGACGAGCAUUGGAUUGCUCCUUGGUGUCUCUGCUGCUAAACUAGGCACUAUGGAUAUGUCAGUUACUCGACUUCUUAGCAUCCACAUUCCUGCUCUCCUGCCCCCAACUUCCACGGAACUCGAUGUCCCUCACAAUGUCCAAGUGGCUGCAGUGGUUGGCAUUGGCCUUGUGUAUCAAGGGACAGCUCACAGGCACACAGCAGAAGUCCUGUUGGCUGAAAUAGGCCGGCCCCCUGGUCCUGAGAUGGAGUACUGUACGGACAGGGAGUCCUACUCGUUAGCUGCUGGCCUGGCCCUGGGCAUGGUUUGCUUGGGGCAUGGCAGCAAUUUGAUAGGCAUGUCUGAUCUCAAUGUGCCUGAGCAGCUUUAUCAGUACAUGGUUGGAGGCCACAGGCGCUUUCAAGCAGGGAUGCACAGGGAGAAGCAUAAAUCCCCAAGUUAUCAAAUCAAAGAAGGAGACACCAUCAAUGUGGAUGUGACUUGUCCAGGUGCUACUCUGGCAUUGGCUAUGAUCUACCUAAAAACCAAUAACAGAUCCAUUGCAGAUUGGCUGCGAGCUCCUGACACCAUGUACUUGCUGGACUUUGUGAAACCAGAAUUUCUCUUGCUUAGGACACUUGCCCGAUGCCUGAUUUUGUGGGAUGAUAUUUUACCAAAUUCCAAGUGGGUUGAUAGCAAUGUUCCUCAGAUUAUCAGAGAAAAUAGUAUCUCUCUCAGUGAAAUUGAAUUACCUUGCUCUGAGGAUUUGAAUCUGGAAACUUUGUCGCAAGCACAUGUCUACAUAAUCGCCGGGGCUUGUUUGUCUCUGGGUUUCCGAUUUGCUGGCUCAGAAAACUUAUCAGCCUUUAACUGUUUGCAUAAAUUUGCAAAAGAUUUUAUGACUUAUUUGUCUGCACCUAAUGCUUCUGUAACAGGUCCUUACAACCUAGAAACCUGCCUGAGUGUGGUGCUGCUGUCCCUCGCCAUGGUGAUGGCUGGCUCCGGGAAUCUGAAGGUUUUGCAGCUUUGUCGCUUCUUGCACAUGAAAACAGGUGGUGAGAUGAACUAUGGCUUCCACUUAGCCCACCACAUGGCCCUUGGGCUUCUGUUUUUGGGAGGAGGAAGGUACUCUUUGAGCACAUCAAACUCUUCUAUUGCUGCUCUGCUCUGUGCCCUGUACCCACACUUCCCAGCUCACAGCACUGAUAACCGGUAUCAUCUCCAGGCUCUCCGGCACCUGUACGUCCUGGCUGCAGAACCCAGGCUGCUAGUGCCCGUGGAUGUAGAUACAGACACACCGUGCUAUGCUCUAUUAGAGGUUACCUACAAGGGCACUCAAUGGUAUGAGCAAACCAAAGAAGAAUUGAUGGCUCCUACCCUUCUUCCAGAACUCCACCUUUUAAAGCAGAUUACAGUUAAAGGCCCAAGGUACUGGGAACUGCUUAUUGAUUUAAGCAAGGGAACACAGCAUUUGAAAUCAAUCCUUUCCAAGGACGGGGUUUUAUAUGUUAAGCUCAGAGCUGGUCAGCUGUCCUACAAGGAAGACCCCAUGGGGUGGCAGAGCUUGUUGGCCCAGACUGUUGUUAACAGGAACUCUGAAGCUCGGGCUUUUAAGCCAGAAACUAUAUCAGCAUUUACUUCUGACCCAGCACUUCUGUCAUUUGCUGAAUAUUUCUGCAAACCAACUGUGAACAUGGGUCAGAAACAGGAAAUGCUGGACCUCUUUUCUUCAGUACUCUAUGAAUGUGUUACUCAGGAGACCCCGGAGAUGUUGCCUGCAUGCAUAGCAAUGGAUCAGGCUAUAAGAAGACUCGGGAGAAGAGAGAUGUCUGAGACAGCUGAACUUUGGCAGAUGAAGUUAGUGCUAGAGUUUUUCAGCUCCAGAAGCCCCCAGGAGAGACUUCAGAAUCCCCCCGAGCGAGGGCUCUUCAGGAGCUCUGAGUUCCUCCCCGUUGUGAAGUGCACCAUUGAUGAUGCGCUGGACCAGUGGCUGCAAGCUGGAGGAGAUGUUUGUGUGCAAGCCUAUCUCACUGAACAGCCGUGUGAAGAAGCCCAGCGGAGCAUGCUGGCCUGUUUCCUGGUCUACCACUCAGUGCCAGCUCCCCGGCACCUGCCGGCCAUUGGAUUAGAAGGGAGCACCAGCUUUGCGGAGCUGCUGCUCAAAUGUAAACAACUGAAGAUGCCCGUGCGCGCUUUGCUCAGACUGGCCCCGUUGCUCCUUGGAAGCCCGCAGCCGAUGGUGAUGUGAUGACAGCUGGUGGCACACCUGACUCCCGCGCAGCGUGACCCGACAGGACAGCUGAGAACCCAUGCUGACUGUGGUAGGACGGUGGGGCGAGUGGUGCAGAGCUCAGUGUGUCCUAAUGUCCAGGCCCCAGAGAUGACCGCGUUGACGUUGUAUGCUAGAGAAAAGUAAGGGAAAGUUACUUUUGUAAAUAAAGACUUUCUGUUUUGUUUUCAA